ACUGUUUGGCCAGAGCACGGUUCUGACGACGCGGCUGAAUUGUUGGUGUGCGGCGCUGCAGGUUAUCAUGACGGUGAAAGUACUUCUGCUCCCUCUGGCUUUCCUCCUCACAUCUUUAACAGGUGUGUGUGUCCGGAGCCCCAAAGUGAUAUAUGUCAAGGCAGGUGAGAUGGUGGCGCUGUACUGCAACCUCACUAAAGUUCAUAAUCCUGGUGCUGAAGUGAUCUGGACCAGUUACACCAUCCAGGGGAGGAAUCUGACCAGCAGCAUGUCAUCAGAUGAGCAGAGGCAGAUGGGCGUACUGGUUCAUGGGAUGAGUCUCGUGAUUCUCAGUGCCACUGUAAACCAUCGGGGGAACUACUCGUGUUCUCUAGGGAAUGCCGGCAGUCAGCUCUGGUUCAGGCUGACAGUUCACGCAACACUGAGCAAUGAAGGGAUCUACACUCAAAUUUGUUCCAUACAAAUGGCCUGCACAUUACAUUGCCUGGAGGUGAACACACCUCCUCAAAACAUCUUGAAUAUUCCCAGCAUUAUAUGGCAUAAGGAGGGUGAGUCAACGCCAGAAGGCCGUUACUUCUCAAGUGUGGAAGAGCACAACCAGGGUAUCUACACCUGUACCAGAUCUUACCUGUAUUAUGAUCAAAUAUAUAACAUGACCUUCACAUUGCGCCUUGAUGUCCAACCAAGGGGAACUUUGAAGUAUUCAUCGAUCAGUUCACCACACAACAGUGAUGUAAUUUCUGUAGAUUUGGGCUCACCCGUGGUGAUUGAUUGUAAGGCGUUUCUGUAUUCAGACUUUGACGAGGUGUUCUGGUUACGCGGGAAAUCAUUUGUGGAGACAAACACCAGCUUCCCGGUUUUCUACAAUUCCACACGGAUUGAAAUUAAAGCUGAAGAAAUAACGAUGAAAGCAUCUCUAGUCUUCAAAAAAGUGUCAGAAGAGGAUCUCACAAAGAAUUACACCUGUAGGCUGGAUACUGUAACUGGACCCUCGAGCUUCGUCACCAUCACCUUGGCCCAAAAACCUCGCCCUUCUUACGUUGCCCUGGCACUUGGCAUUGUUGGCAUUGUGGUGGUGAUGGUUGUAACAGUAGUUAUCUAUGUGAUGUUCAAAAUUAACAUCACUCUUUUCGUAAGAGACAAUCUUGGCUGCCAUAGCAACACCUCAGAUGGAAAGAGCUUUGAUGCUUUUCUGAUGUGUUACAAGAGUGACACAGACGCAGGACUAAAUGAAGAUGACAGGAAGUGGCUAGAGAGUGUUUUGGAAGAGAGGUUUGGUUACAGUCUCUGUCUUUAUGAUCGUGAUGUCUUACCAGGGGAAGCUGUAGUGGAGGCAGUGUUGCACUGUAUAGAGCAGAGUCGCACGGUGGUGUUGGUUCCCACUUCUCCAGAUCCUGGUCCAGGAUCUGGCCUGCUGAGUGCCAUCCAUGCAGCCCUUGUGGAGCGGCAGACUCGCUUGGUUUUCAUCAAAACUGAGACAACAGAAGUGUCGAGAUCGGGUUCGUUACCAGAGGCCCUACAGCUUCUUGGCGAGGCUGGAGACUGUGUCACCUGGAAGGGCAUAAGCUCCACGUCGCCCAACUCCUCCUUCUGGAAGCUGCUCCGCUAUUACCUACCUGCUCCGCAGCAUGCAUCAAAAAUAAGACUUUUACCUCAGACAAUAUAGUUACGUCUUAGCCAUAUAUAAAUACAUUUAAGGAUAAGACAUUUACUGACACGCUGAAGACGGUCAUAAUACAUUUUUAACAUUUAACUUUAGUGUCUUAAUAUUUCCUUUUAACAUCUUUUAUUCUUGAAUUGCCUUCGAUGUUAACUGUCACUGUUAUGCUGACAUAAGAAACUUUUCCUGACAAAACAGCAAGCUGCAAAAACAACAUUAUGAAAGUAAUGCAAAAUGCUUCUUGUUAUUACACACCAUCAUACCUGUACACUGUUAUUACUGACAUAUCCAGAAUUGUCCGACUAAUGUAUUCUCAUUACAGUUGCUCAUUACAGUACAGUAUUGCUUUUCAUAGCGGCUCAUUAAUUAAAAUCCCUGUUUUAUAUUUCAAUGGUGUAACUGGAUUUCCCUAAUUUAUUGUUAGAUAUUUCCUGCCGUACCACUGUGUAUAUGUUAGUUCUGUGGGGAACAUUUGCAUACAUUUGUUGUAACAUCUGUGUUCAUUUCCUAUCACUGCAUGCACUGUGCCAUAACAUGUGUUACUGUGCCAUAACAUGUGUUACUGUGAUGCCCAAUAGGGCGAAAUAAGUUUGUAAUUUGUUUUAUUUUAUACCUAUGUUAAUCACUAUUUUCUUUAUAA